GUGGCGCGACUUUUUCAGACACAUUCGACGCCUUGAAGUCACAAAAGCCACAGAUAUGAGGUUCUUGGCGGUAGUGCUCCUGGCGGCCCUUGCUUGCGCUUCUUCAGUCGAGAAGCGAGAGGCGGACGCCGAUCCUAGUCUCUCUCUCUACGGACGUGGUUAUGGCUACCCUAGCUAUUACCGAGGCUACGGCUACCCAUAUAGCUAUGGCCUCCGCCACAAGAGAUCUGCUAAUCCUGAACCCGAAGCUGAUGCCGACCCUUCCUAUUUGUACAAUCAUUAUAGCCCCUACUCUGUAGGCUAUAACUACGUUCGUCCCUACACCUACGGUUAUCCCUACGGCUAUUCACACUCCCUCCACAGGAGGUCGGCCGAACCAGAACCUGAAGCCUCCUUUGUUCACCCAUACACUUACUCUUACACCCACACCGCUCCUGUCGUCACCUAUGGUUAUCCCUACAGCUACGGCUAUGGCUACCCCAGGGGCUAUGGAUAUUAAUAAUGAAAACACUUCCUGACGUUACCGAUAUCAGUAUGGAUAUUUUUCCCCAAUAAAGUAUCUAUGUAAUUUCCA